GCUAGGGUUACUGGGCAUUCUGGGACACAAACAGUGGUCAGUAUGAAUAGCUGUAACAGCGACAGCAGCGUUCGUUGUACAGAGAAGGAGACAGGACAAACAAACGGACGACCAGCGGGCAGCGGAGAGGACAAACUGUUUUUAUGUCCGCUGCCUCGUUUUUUCGUUCAGAAAGUGGAACCCGCAGUUAUAUCUGAAAUGCAAACGUUGGACUUUAUCCACUACCCGAUGUGGUUAGCUAACGGUGGCAGUAAGUUAGCCCCUCAGUGAUUUGCGCCUGCCUGUCUGUUUGUUGGCUGGAUGCGGAAGCUGGUGAAGUAUUAAAAGUUCGUCCAACUUCGUUUAUUCUGUCCAUUAACUAUUUUGCUCGGAGCUGAGUGAUGACAACUCUAAACAUGGCAAGUGUCAGACACAGACGCAGCAAAACUUGCUUUUUGAAGUCGCUGGACUGGCAUAUCACCCAGCUGGUUUACCCAAGAUAAACACUGACGGACUGGAGGGUUCCUGUAAUGGCAGUUGGUGUGGGAACAGCACAGCUGUGCGGUACUACUGCUGAAAUCUUCGUCAGGAAAGCUUUUUAGGCUGGAUUUAAUUACUAUCCGGGUACAUCCCCAGUUGUCUCCGGGUCAUCUGAGCCCCACUGCUGUUGGUCCCCAGAGGUGAUUUAAGGGGGACCACAACAUGUCAGGGGCCACGACCGUGCAGCUCUUUACCAAACUUGUGAAGCACGCACUGGGCAAGACGCAGAUCCAGCUGAACCGCUGGCUGCAGAGGACUGCCGCGGAGGAGUGUGAUAAAAUAGACAUAUUGAUAUGCAGCGCAUUUGAUGAGAGAGGGGCCGGGAAGUCAGAUGACGACCCCGAUAAUGUCACCGACACAUCCUUCAACAGCGGGGAGUUCAGACACCCGUGCUGCAUCACCACCUUCUGCUUCAAGAGUGCCCUGCUGGCGUGCAUCCUGACCGCCGUGUGCUUCUCCUCGGUCGCCCUCGUACGGCAGUACCUCAAGGACCUCCUUCUCUGGGUGGAGAGCCUGGACAGCUUUGUUGGAGCCAUGCUCUUCAUAAUUGGUUUGAUCGUUGUUUCCUUUCCAUGUGGAUGGGGAUACAUUGUUCUGAAUGUGGCAGCAGGCUACCUUUAUGGCUUCGUACUGGGCAUGGGACUCGUUAUGGUGGGAGUUUUAAUAGGGACCUUUGUGGCACACCUAGUGUGUAAGCGGUUAUUGUCUAACUGGGUGUUGAACAAAGUUGGAAACAGCGACCAGCUCAGCGCUGUUAUACGAGUAGUGGAAGGAGGGAGCGGACUCAAAAUCGUGGCCUUAGCAAGACUCACCCCCAUACCAUUUGGACUACAAAAUGCAGUUUUUUCGAUCACAGAUGUGUCCUUGCCAAACUACCUGGUGGCCUCCUCUGUGGGUCUGUUGCCCACACAGCUCCUCAACUCCUACCUGGGCACCACCCUGCGCACCAUGGAGGAUGUCAUCGCUGAACAGAGCAUCAGCGGCUACUUUGUGUUCAGCCUCCAGAUCAUCAUCAGUAUUGGCUUGAUGUUCUACGUGGUCCACAGAGCUCAGGUUGAGCUGAACGCUGCCAUCACUGCCUGCCAGAUGGAGCUGAAGUCCUCGCACAUGAACGGCUCUUCCACCAAUCCCAGCAGUUUCUCAUACUGCAGCAAAAGGGCGACAGCCGGCAGCGGAAACUGCAUCAACGUGGUGUGACAACAAGUGACGUGUGUUAGCUCCAAGAACCAGGAGACUCAACUUUUAAGACUCUACAGCUUAAAGUAGAGCCCACUGAGUUCUGGAGUCCAGAGCCUACUGGUGCAAAAGUGUACCAUUGAUUCACCAUGACAUCACAUUCGGAGAAAAACCCUGAAAAUGUUCUGUAGUUUCUGUUGUAGACGUCUUGGGACCACGCACCCUUUUAAUGAAGAUGGUUCUGUGAAAACUCUCUUUUGUUAUGUCAUCUUAAGACCUUUUAUUUGUUCAGUUUAUAAAGGUACCUCUUAAUAUCUGAUGUUACAGGAGAUGUCAAUGAAACAGUGACUUUCAGAAAUAUCAGAGCUGAUGUGAAACAAAAUUAGGCACCAACUGCCUGGUGGUGUUAUUAUGAAUGUGCAAUCUGGAGCUUUCUAGAGAACCAAGGAAUCAAUUUUCUGUUGCCAACCUAUGCACCUUUUCUUCAUACGGUUCUGUUCUUGUUUCAGUUUAAGCCUACACCUAGCGUUCAUUUACAUUAUAAUAAUAAGGGCAUUAUUAAUACUUUUAAAUAAUUUUGCUUUAAUUGUUCAUUUCUUCAAGUGUCCUCAUUUUGAGAACUCUCCGAGCUCUUUCUGCUGGUUUAUUACCGCCCCGACCCAGUCCGUGAGCUUUUCAGAGAUCAGUUUGUGCAGAGCUGCUAGAAGAAGAGCAGCUUUCGCAGCAGGACACUCAGGAAUGCCUCUUCCAGGGAGUUUAGGCAAAGUAUGAAGCCAGGGAAGGAUUCCUGCAUUGAUAUAUUGUGUCAGGUUUUCCUGGAAAAUCCUAGGAUUUGAUUUUACAUCUUUGUUUGUUAUACAUGUUUUUUCGGCUGUGAGAUUAAGGAUAUGAGUACAAUUAGGAAAAUGUAAAAAAAAAAAAAAAAACUAUUUCAGUAAUUAAAUUUCAAAGGGAAUCUUUGCAUUACCAUUCCAUGCAGAGAAAUAUAUAUUAAGUGUUUAUUUCUAUUAAAUUAGAUAAUUAUGGCUUACAGCUAAUUAAUAUUCCAAUUUCUUAGAAAAUUACAGAAUUUACAUAUGACCAAUGAAAAAAGCCACCUAUACAUAUCACCUAUACAAACAUGGAAAAGUCUCUUGAUUGGUCAGCAAAAGACUUUUCACCUAAACCCCAUAAAGACUCUAUGGAGUAUUGAAGAUGAAAAAACAAUUCUUACCACCACAGCAGAGCCACAGGCUGAUUUACCCCCAUGCAACACCACAUUGAUGAAGUAACUCAUGCAAAAGGAGCCACAAGCUAGUAUUGAGUCCAUAUGGUGUACAGUGCAUGGACACACCUUUUGGUAGGCUGAUAUUUCUAUAAUAAAAAUAUGCUUUCAAACUCUAGAAUGGGCUUUGCUUCACAAUCUUCUCCUUCUUAUUUCUUGUGAACCUUUUUUUUAUAGUUUUCCUUCCACUAACCUUUCUUGUAACUAUGAUUGCAUAUAGCACUCUGAAUGGCCAGCUUUCUUAGCAAUGACCUUUCUCCUUGUGGAGAAUGACGAUGACCGCUGGAAAACUGUCAAUUCGGCCUCCCUGUAGCUGUGUAGGCCAUAACAUCUCUGUUUUAAAUGCCAUUUUUAUAGGUCUUCUGUAAUGUAGUUCAUAGCAAAACUAAACUUUGCAUUUUUAUUAGCUGUAAGCUCUAAUCACCUUUAUUAAAAUAAACACUUGAAAUAUCCCCUCUGUGUGUAAAAAAACCUACACGAGUUUAAUUUUAUGGCUAAAUUACUUAAAUGAUCUUUUCGAAGAUAUUCAAAUUUCUCAAGCUGCAAAUGUAAAUAGUUUUUGUUUGAUGUUCACAAAUCAGUGCAAUAGAUCAUGAAAGAUUAAUGAAAGGGCAUGAAUGUCACAUUCAGUGCUGAAACCAAACUUAUCGUGCAUACAAAGUUUCCUUAAGGAAUUAAAGUAUUAAAAUAUAAUAGUCUCUUAUUUUUCUGUGCUGUAAAUUAAUAACGAUAACUUACAUUAUUUAGCUACUUUGUCAUUGAUUAAUAAGGUUCUCAUUGCUGUACAUUUCUUCGCAUCGACUAACAAUAUUUUCAUAAAGGUAGGAAGGGGUUUGGUUGGUCAAAAGUCUUAGGAGCUGACAAUCAAACACAACGGGGACGCCACAUGAUGAAUGUGAAACGUUUUGGUUUAUUUUUACAUUUCUUAAGAUGCUGCUCCUCAGACAACGUCUGGAUGAGGAAUAAUAAGGGCUUCUAUCUAAAAUGUCCAUCUUGUUUUCCAGGAAACCUGUUUUGUACUCCUGGCAGAUCUUGUUUGUUUUGAUUUUCUUCCCUUCACCGUUUUUAUUUUUUUAGUUUUUCUAUGAACUUUUCUGCUAAAAUCCAGAAUUGAUGUUUGUCCAAUAACAUUCCGUGCGGUUGGUCCUCUGAUAAGCUGUUAUUUUUCAAUUUCUUUAACCACCCCAUCCUGAAUUUAGCAAUAAUAUUUGACAGUAAAAAGGGUCUGGAAUCUGGAGCUGUUCAGGCUUGCUGUUGAAGAUGUUUAAAAAUGUUGCCUCUGAGUUGUUGGUUGAUCUGUUGUUGAGAUGUUUGUGUUCAGCCUGCCUUUUACCUCCUGCUGCCUCUGUUGUUCUGUUGAGAGCCUGAAUAAAAAGUGAAAGUUUGUAGCACUUUGUUUGGACAGUCCCUGAAACUAUCGAUCACCUAAAGAUGAUUAACUUCUCACCGCUGUUGCAUGAACAUCUUCAAUCUCAGCCUGGAACACCUAGGGGACAGAGGAGGAUAUUUUUUACACCAUUCUGUUAGAAAAGCCUGGCGAAAACAUGUUCUCCCACAACGAUAAUGUGAUUCAAGAAACGAGAGGUGGAAGGUUAUCGUACGCAGUCUCUCAGCUGGGACUUUAAAACAUUUAAGAUUGUGGGAAACUGUUUUUGGGAAAAAGGUUUUCUUCUUCCUAGCUGGGCUCUACUUAACUUAGAUCUAGUUAUGCAACAACUGAUUCCUGAGGGAAGUAUGUUUCAUAGAGAACCACAGAGGACCUGACUCUGCACACCUGAGCUGUUCUACAGAGCAGCUGGGUGUUCAAAAGAACUAGACAAGGGUCCGGUUUGGUGCUAUGAAAUGCAAUACUUCCCCAUUUGUAUCAAGUGCAUUAUACAUAUGCUGUAUUUUUAAUACAGAGAGUUUUACAGUGUAUAAAUAUUAUUUAUCACUGUACAAAGCUUGUUCAGUGUUAUUUAUGAAAGAGAAAAUAAAACUUGACAGACUUUG